UCAGACCCAUCAUAUCUGGAAUGGAUAAAAGUGUUGUAAAUAAAGGAGGACACCCUUUUGCCUUAGAUGAUGCUGGGAAUAUACCCAUCAUUGAUGAAGAAGACUUUUCGCAUACUUCACACAUAUCAAAUACCUCUUUGGCCUUGCCUUCUUCAGUGAAUACUGGAAUCAUGGAUAUUGACAGAGAACCAGAGCAAGAGCAGAGUGUGAGAAGACAUGUCAGACAAAAUGAAGUGUGUGAGACCAUUGAUGCAAGUAGAUGUUUUAUAGAUGAUGAAUCUUGCACUAAAGAUGAGGCAAAACCUUCAGUGCAAGAAACUGAGGAGCCUGGAAGAACACUAAACUCAGCGGACUGUAAAUGUUGGAGUCAAAGUGAGAAAAACAACCCAGAACAAAGAAGAGAUGUUGCUGACAUAGAUAAUAAAAAUGUAAAUUUAAUUGCUGAUGAAUCCAGCACCCAGAGCAUUUUAGACAACCCUGCAAACUAUGUUACACACAAACUCUCCUUUCCUGUUGCAAAUAAAAACAAAGACAAGGAAUCUCUUUAUGAUGCAGAAUCCGAAUCUCAAUUGUCAGUAAGCCAAAUAUCAAGUUCAGAGGCUUAUCUAGCUUCAGACUUUCCUGAUGUUAAAGUGAAGAACAAAACUAAGAAGCAAAAAACACACAAACUUGGCAAGGAUGGGAGAGACUCUGAUUCUUCUGUGUCAUCAAAAAGAAAAGGAUCCAGCAGCAAAACUCGCAUAAAAUCUAAGUUUACUCCUGGGAGUCUGGAGUACAUUGAGCAGCGCUUGUGUGGUCGUCUAUUCUCUGGCUGGGUGGGGGAGCGAAGAUGGGUUGAAAGCUUGCGUGCAUAUCGGGAUGUGAUAGAAGUGGAUGAGUGGGAAGUGGAUAUGAACCAGCAACUUAAGGCCAUAAUUAAUAGCAUCCCUGGUGUGUAUGAAGGAACCAAGUGGAUCAACUUAUCUCCUCCUGGCGAGAGUCUGUGUUAUUGCUUGUGGGUGUUACUGGCGGCACCUCCAGUUCCUGGCCACUACUGGUAUACGGUCACAGGGAUUCAACUUGAACCGCUGUUUGGUCUUAGAAUUCUUGUAAAAGAAAUUAGGAGAAUUCAUCCCCACGAUGGCGAGGAAGCUGCAGUUCGACAAAAACGACAAAAACAAUUUUUAAUGAGUGACACUGGAAAUGAACUUCAAAGUUUAGGAGAGCAGCUGCAGGAAUGGGUGGAACAAGCUCGAAGAUUAAAAUUUUCUACAGUUUGGUGUGUCAUUACCUCAGCAAUAAACAUCAAGAAUAUAAAGGAAACCAUCAGGUUCCUGGUCAUACUGGUUAUGACGUUGGUGAUUGGCUUUGUUUCGUUCGUGAAAGAGUCGCACAAUCUUGGAUUGCAAUUCAUCCGGGAAGCAGGAAUCUUUUUUCACCACAUCACUCCAUUCCUGCAAACUGUACUAUCAUUUAUAGAAAAACUAAUUGGCGGUAUGUACCUGCUGAUAGCUAUGGUAUAUCGUGAUUGGCGCCGCCCUAGUGUGCCACCACCACCAUACCCACUGAGAAACCAACCACUUGGACCGGGUCGUAGUCCUGGUGCUGCACUUCCUCCUAGUGAACAGAGGGUAUUGAAAUAUGUGCCUCCACAACAAUGGGUAUUUAAAAAUCAAAACAAUGAAUCAUCUCCAAGCUGAAACUAUUCAUGUUUUGGUUUGCUUACUUUUUAUUUUGAGAUUGAGUUGUGUUCCUAUUUAAUGUGUAUUUUAUUUAUUUAUCUCCAACACUUUUUCCUGCCUUACAGAAAGUGACCUGUAAAAAUUAUAUGUUGUGAUAUUCCUGCAAUAUAUUGUUCAGCUUGACUGUGAUGUCCACCACAUACUAUUGAUCACAGUGACUUUCAUACA